AUGAGCUCCAGUGACGAGGAUGAGAAAUUCUUAUACGGUUCCGACGACGAGAAUCAUGCGCCAGAGGCGAGCGUGAACAACAAAAAACGACCAGCAGAAAAUGGUGCAGCAGAAGCGCCAAAACGUCCCAACAUAGCUACUGCUGAGUCCAGUAGCAGCAGUGAGGAAGACUCCAGUGACGGUGACGACUCGGAAGACGAGUCGGACGUUGAGUUUAUCAUCGGAGUUGGAUCAGAUAGCUCGAAACUGGACUCUAAGCAGGUCACAACUUCUACAGCUAAUGGCACUUCCAAAGUUCCUACUGUGGCAACUCCUGCUUUGCAAGUUGGCACUGCUUUGGAGGAAACAGGGGAUGUCACUAUAACGGGCAACGGUGACGCAGCAGACGAAGCAACUGUUGACAGUACGCCCCAGGCGCAGCCCGGGACCGAAAGACAUCCCACACUGGACUUAAAAGCACCGGGGAAACUAGGCGACCAGCUCAUUACCGACAUUGAUCCAGAGGUGCUAAAAGAGAAGCCAUGGCGUCAGCCAGGCGCAAAUCUCAGCGAUUAUUUCAACUAUGGAUUCAACGAGCAAACUUGGAUGGAAUAUCUUCACAAGCAGGAAAAGCUGCGUGCUGAGUACAACCCUCACAAAAUGCUUAUGGGGCUGCUAGCAUUACAACAACAGGGAAAGCUCAAUGACUCGGGUUCAGACGGCAAAGGACCGGAAAACGGCAUGUCGUCCAACAUGGCUCCACCAGGUUUCCCCAUGGGUAUGCCACCCAUGUUUGGAGGCUUCCCGUUCCCCUUCCCUGGCAUGAUUAAUAACAUGAACCCACAACAGAAAAAGUAG